GAGUCCAGUCUGCGCAGCCAUGUCCAUCAGCAAGCUGCGAGCCGAGUGCCUGCCGCUCGGCGACUACACGCUGCGCUUCGAGUGCAGCGAGCUGGGCGCCGACUUCGAGCAGAAGGCCGCCCAGGAGCUGCGGGAGACGCCCGACGUCACGGAGCCGGCGGUCGCGCGCCUCAAAGCACUGCUAGCAGAGGAAGAUGAUCUCAACGUUCCCAAAGACGAUGAGGAGUUCCUAUACAUAUUCUUGAGGCCAUGCAAGUUCUAUCCAGAGAGCGCAAUGAAGAGGAUGCGCAGCUUCUACGAGUUCAAGCUGAAGCAGGACCGGCUCGUGCAGCAGGUGAUGCCCCACAGCGUGGAGCGGCCGCUCAAGCUGCAGAUCAUCACCAUCCUGCCCAACAGGGACCAACACGGCCGCCGCAUUCUGCUCAUCCACGCAGGCCGCCGGUGGAAGCCGUCGGAGUGUUCGCUGGACGAGCUGUACAGCUGCGUGAUGCUGUUCCUGGAGAUAGCCGUGUCGGAGCCGCGCACGCAGAUCGCCGGCGUCACCGUCAUCCUCGACCUGGACGGUCUGUCCAUGACGCAGGCCAUGCAGUUCAGCCCCUCCUUCGCCAAGAUGCUGCUCCACUGGGUGCAGGACUGUAUACCUAUCCGACUGAAAGCCAUCCACGUUGUUAACCAGCCCUACAUCUUCAACAUGGUCUUCGCCAUCUUCAAGCCGUUCAUCAAGGAGAAACUGAGGCACAGGCUGCACUUCCACGGUCGCGACCGCGGCUCGCUGCUGGAGCACAUCGAGGUGAAGGCGCUGCCCACCGAGCUGGGCGGCAUCAUGAACCUGCCGCCCCCGCCUGCCGACCGCAUGAUAGAGCUGCUCGAGGCCUACGAAGACAUCUUCGAAGAGCGGCGCUCACAAGGCUACCGCAGGAAGGACGCCUCGACGUAAACAACGCGUGGGAGCCGACCUGCCAACCCUGAGACCGCAGGCACCGCAACUGCAGCGCGCAGCCGACUGAACCCAACGCCGCUCUGCCAGUAGCAAGCGCUCCGCACCGCCAAGUGUUAAGAGGUCUCCAGAGUGGACGUAAGAGUAGUUCCCUCUCCCUCUCCGUGUGUCUGUGAUUUCACUUCUUCAGUUUCUCGGAAAAAGAGUGCAUGUGGGGGUUUCCUUGCUAACCCAUACAAGACAGUUCCUGCGAACAAACUUAAGCAAAAAAUUAUUCUAUAAUUACUAUAUUUUUUCAGAGUAAGGAAAUAUUUAAAUUAUUUUAUAGAUAAACUAUUAGCGUCUUCCAGUUUUUGUACCAUGAGCUACUAUAACUUCGUAUCAUGGUACCCUGUUAUUUUUUAUGUAUUUAUUUUCUCAACAAUAAUGCCAUUAUACAUUCCCAGAUUUUGUGACCAGCAACAAAGUUCGACUCUCCUGUGAUUUUAGUGGUAAUUGCUUGCUAAAAGGUACUUAAAGCUUUCUUAUUUUUUGUAUAAAUGCAUUUUCAACAAUUUUUUUCAUAGUCGAAAAUACAAUUAUCAGACCAAACGUAGAACUGCAAAUAUCCCUGACUUCAGGAGGACUUAUUCACACUAUCACACUAUACCAAAUGUCUCCAUGUUUUAUGUAUUGCAAGGUCUUUCUAUUUAGAGUGUCAUCAGGAAAUGAUAACUUGUACAUGUCACCAGUGUGCAUACGUUUAGAAAUGAAGCUAUUUUGACUGGAUGGUCUACUGCAACAGUUGUCAAUCAUUUUCCAAUGACGCUUUGCUGGUAUCUGUUUAGACGCUCACUUAGAUUGUACUAACUGUAUAUUUUAUGUGUUGUACGGGUAGAGAACAACUAGAAAAUGUUGCCAUAAGCGUUUUGAUUCAGCAAUUAAAAUUGCAUUUAAAGGGCAGCGUAACUGUACAUUAAAUGUUAAAGUGACCAUAAUUAAAUGUCUCUUAGUUUGUCUCAAAAUUUACAUAUCUCCAAACCUUUUAUUACACUUCUACUGUUUCACUUUAAUCCCACUAGAUGCAACAGUAUACCAUCAGAAAACUUUACUAACAAUUAUAAUGUAUGAAAUUAUAUUGCUCUUGGUAAUAUUUAUGAAAUGGGGACUUGUGAACAGUAACUCUAAUGAAACAGAAUUGUAAUAUUCUAACUAUUAUUAUUAAGAGACCAUCAACUUAUUUAAAGUUUCUUAAGUUACAUGUAAUGUUGACAAUAUCCUCUUCUAACACAUACGAUGCAGACUGUUGAUUAAUGAAUUUGAAAUUUUGUACUGUAUUGCUACAAAACUGUUAAAACAUUGACAUUAGAAAUAGUGUAUAAUACAGUACACCCUCUUAGAGUUGUGAAACAGUGGAAAUUUCGUGAAAUGUUUCAGUUAGUACUUUUCUGUAUUAGUAGGGUAGACUACAAAGUUUUUGUACUUAAGUGGGCUUUUAUUACCUUGCAGUUCGUGUUAUUAGGUGAAUAGUGCAACACAGCAGUUGCUUUUGUUGACCAAAAUACCCUCUAGAUCAACAGAGUCAAAGAAUUAAGCUGCAAAAGCAGACAUAUUUGUGCUCUCAGAUGUGUGGAAUGUCGUCUUGCCACUAUUAUCUAAUUUAUGUCUGACAAAAUAAGUUAAUGUGAAACUUCUCUGAUACGCAAUGUAGAACAAAUUGUAAAGCAUGUUGUAGUUCACAACUGUUUGUUUUCUAAUCUUGUAUCUAUAUUGUUUGUAGAAUUGUUUUACUGUUACAGCAGAUGUACUGAAAUUAAUUUGAUAUGUUUAAUAAAGAUAUAAUCACAAGAAUUAUAA